AUGCAGCUGUCGUGUUUCAGAAGUGUGAUCUUUACGCUCGUAAACCAAUUAAGACGCAAAAAAUCGUAUUCACGGCUCAAAACCGCAAUAGACCGAGAGACUCUACCGGUAGGUAUUUCUUUGAUUGAUUGUCGAAUCUUGGCUGCACCUGAUUUGGUCCAUGAGAAAGCAAACUUCAAGGCAUAUUUAGGUAGACCAUGGAGACCAUAUUCUAGAACGAUUUUGAUAAAUUCGUUUAUAGACGACUUGAUAGAUCCCGCCGGAUGGUUGGAGUGGAACAAGGGGGAUAGACUUGACAAGUUAUAUUAUGGUGAGUACAUGAACAAAGGACCCGGUGCGAACGUGACGAACCGGGUCAAACGGCCCGGUUAUAGACGCAUCAAAAACGCAGCGGAGGCAGCCAAGUUCACUGUUGGUCCGUUUAUAAAGGGUAAGGCAUGGCUCAACUCUACCUUUAUUACAUUUACUCUUGGUGUCUUUGAGUAA